AUUAAUUUUUGUUUGGCUAAGUCAAGACUCUUGAUAUUCGUCCAUUUGUGGCCGGCUAUUUUGUCUAUCGAAGGCAGCGAAAAAAGUUCUACUACAUCUGAAACCAGUCACGAUUCUGGGAUUUUGAAAACUUUUGCAUUACAUGGACAUUCAACUUCGCCAAAGAAACCAGGCAACAGACUUUCUAUUACUUCUAAAGCCAGUUGCGAUUCUGGAAUUUGGGGCGUCGACAGUCCUCGGAGUUCAAUAACGAAAACUUUUGCAUUACAUGGACAUUCCACCUCGCCAAAGAAACCAGGCAACAGACUUUCUAUUACUUCUAAAGCCAGUUGCGAUUCUGGAAUUUGGGAACAAUAUGCACCACAAGAAAAGUCCAAUGUAUCACAGAAACCAGAUAAUGUACCAAGUGAACUAAUUGAUGAGAGAAAAUCCUAUCAGGAAUGUGUAGAUAUUCAGGUGGUUGAGCAGACAUCAACAAAGUACAAUCUAGGGACAACUGUUUCAGAAUUACCAGAAAAUGUUCGAGAAAAGUUGGAAGAACGUUUAAAUAAAGGAAGUGAGAUAUUAGAGAAUGACUGGAGAAGCCUAUGCAAAGUAUUGAACUUACCACUGGGUAAAGUAAAAAGCAUUGCUGAAAAAUCCUUUGAAAACGGGACAAAAUAUGUGUUGAAAACCUGGAUUGACAGAGAUGGAAAACAGGCCAAUGUAAAAGCGCUGAUCCUGGCAUUAAUUGAGUGUAAACAGGGAGGCUUAGCUUAUGAAAUAGAAAGGGAUUUGGAUGUUAAGCUCCCUGAUCAAGUCGAGAAAGACAUUGUGGAUGAAGUUAGUGAUAGGAGUUUGGACGAAAAGAAAGGUCCUAACUACCAAGUGAUCUGUGAUGAUAGUUCUAUUAAUGAAAGCUCCAAUCACGAGAGCUCCAAUGAAGGAGGUUCCAUUCACAACCGCUUCAAUGGGAACAGUUCUAAUUUUGGAAGUUCUAGGGAUGAUGAUCGUUUAUUUAAAAAUAUAUUUCUUGAUGACGAAUAUAACAUUCGAAAAGAUAUCCACGAUAAGCUGAGAAGUUUACGCUGGAUUUGCGGAGAGUAUGGAUUAGCUCGUGCAAAUGCGAAGAUACCACAUUUUCACUUGUAUGUCUCAGUUGAUUAUGACGAAGAAAGUUUGGAGAAGGCUGAAGAUGUUCUGAAAACGGAAAUUGAUAAGAAAUUCGGAUCAAAUGCUUGGAUGCAUUUUGAAUUUCGUUUAAAACGACCGACAACACCAAAGCUUCAACUGCUGUCAGAUAUUGUCGUAAGAAGAAAGGAUGCAAGAGGAACAUUGACGAUGUUCUGUUGCCAAAAUGGUAAACGUUACGCCCUGACAUGUUGUCAUGUUUGUUAUUUCAAGAAAGAUGAAGAAAAUAGUGACCACGAAUUUUUUGAAAUACUCAGCAAAAAUCAAAAUAACCCAAAUCAUGUUAAAUUACAUUUGAAUUCAAACAAGUAUUUCUACAAUCCUUCAGAAAAUCAGGAAAUACGAUUAGGAAAUUUCAGUAACUAUAUUUUACAAAGCAAUGCAGACAUUAUUGCAAUAGAGGUCAAUGAAAAUGCUCCAGUAAACUGCAGAAAAAAUGGAAGAAAAGAACGUUCUUUGAAGGAGGUAUGCACUGAUCUAAAUAAACAAUUCAUAAAAGCAGGUCCAGUUAAAGUUAAAAAAUACGGAAAGGAGCAGAGAGAGGGGGAAAUUGUCGAAAUUGCCUUUUCUUAUUAUGCUCGUCAGGAGGGAUUUGAAAUUACUGAUGGUGUUUUGGUGAAAUGUCCUGAAACGUUCCUUGAAAACGGCGAGUCUGGUGUGCUUGUAUAUUUUGUUGAUGAAAAUGGCAAAGAACAAGCUUUUGGAUAUGGUGUUGCAGAAUGGUGCCGUGACCUUAAACAAAAACCUGAAAGCCCCACGUAUAAAUUCUAUUUAUGCUUCAAGCUAGAUAUAGCUUUAAAAGAGUUAUUUGGAAAAGAAAAUUGCGAGACCUGUGAUUGUUUUGAUCAAAAUGGGAAUUACAUUGAUGAUAUUAAAGAAUUCACAUCUUCGAAUGCAAGCCUAUCAUAUACUACAUCAAUCAAUUCGGAGCCAUCAGAACCCAAGUCUUUAAAAGCUAGCUCAUCGGCCACUACUUCUAUCAAAUCGCAGCCAUCCGCUCUAAAAUUAGUCAGGGACCUACCGGAACAUUUAAAAGACGCGUUAAUAGAGAGAUUAAACCGAUUUCAUGUUGACGUUCUCUCAGAAAUUGCUACAAACAUGUUGGAGGUGCAAUAUUACGUGCAUAACAGUGCUGACUUAAUGGCUAAAUUGAAGGAAAAGAAAAUCAGGUUUCUGUUUCGGGAGUUUCGAAGGAAAGAUCAAUUUAAGGAUGUUGUCCUUUGGAUGAGAAAAAAAUUUCCUGUCGGCAGCACGGGUCCUUUAAAUUGUGAUGACGAAGAAAAAACUGAGAAAAUGAACUUUGGCAUUCGAAGGGAGGUCUCGAUACGUUUGAAUUUGGAAAACUAUUGGGAAACGUUUGCAAGGCACCGCGUUAUGGACGUGACAAUAAUUGACUUCCGCAAAUUUACGAAGUCUGAAAAUCCUGCUGAGGAAGUGAUAUCUCGAUGGGAAUCCAAGAAUAAAUCAACUGUUGGAUUGCUGUAUGAUAUACUGGUUGAUUGCGAAUUGUACAAUAUCGCUGAUCUUUUAUAAUGCAAAAACAAUGUUUACUAUAGUGCCUGGAAAAUAAUUGUAAACUUUAGUGUCACGUAUGUGUAUCUGCCAGAGGCGAAUGCGUAUCCAUUCUGAUUAUUUAGUUUUGCUUUGAAAAAUUUUCAUCGCUUACUCACUGCAACAUGAUGAUAAUGUUCUGAAAUUCAGGUAGCAGUACUAAAACUUGAGACAUAGCAACACGUCGAGACAGUAUUAUUCAUUUCUUCAUUAUUGGCAUGGCACCCUUAAAUUUUGUAAAUAUGUUAACACAUGUUUUUGGACUUUUGAUGAGCAAGUUAAGUCUUGGCCGCCAUGUUGAAUAAUUUUAACAAAGGAUUUUCUUUAUUUACAAUGCAAAAAUGUCAUCCAACAUGGCACAAAUUGCAUUAUUCUCUCACUCUCAUAGGAAUGCUCGCACACCUCCAAUUGUUAAAAUAUCCUAUAUGUUUUUUUUCAUUAUUAUUGAUUUGCACAAUGUCCUUUUUUGUGAUAUUCUUCAUUUCAAAGCAAAAUAAAAGGGCUUGUACAAAUUUAA